AUGGCGGCGGCGGCCACGGCCUCGGCGGCGUUGGGCGCCCGGGCGUGCGUGUCGGCGGCGUCGCCGCUGCUCCGACGGGGCCGGGGGCGGAGGCGACGCCCCCGGGGCGGCCGCGAGGAGAGGCGGGACGAGGCGGCGGAGGCCGGCGGGCCCGGGUGCUGCUGCCGCGCCUGCCCGCCGGGGCCCGGCCGGCCGGACAGCCUCGGCCGCCGCCAGCAGCAGCCGCCGCCGCCGCCCGGGCCUUCCUCGGGAGGGGAGCCGCCCACGCCCGCCCCAAGCGACCGAGGUGCUGCGCUGCGUGAGUGCUGCGCUGCACGCGAAGGCCCUGGAAUUUGGGUGCAGGACCGCGGAACGAUUAAGCUACAUGCCCUUCCGGACUGUGUUUUGUGUUUUACCUCUUUCCGUCGCUCUCUUUUCUCUGCAGACUUCAUAUUCAGAGCACCCAUCACACUGAACAAGCCGGGCGAGCUUCACGAGGAAUACCGAAGCCAACUGCGGAAGCUGAGAGAUGAAAAGUUGCAGGAGGAGAGAACUCCGGAGGAUUUUAUUCACAAGCUGAUUUUUGAGGACGCCGAGGCAGGGAGGAGAAAAGCAGAAGUUCAGAAGAAGGAGGAGUCUUCAGCAGUCAAGAUGACACAGGAGCACUUUCCUGAGCGUCUCUCCGAUUCCGAGAACGAGGAGCCAUUCCAGGGUAAAUCUGGCCAUCGGUCGGCCUUUGUCUCCAAGGGGAACUCCUACUCGCUUGCGCUGUUGACAGGAAACUUGGGCUCCAAAGUAGAAAGGAGCCAGAGUUGCAACGACACUCUUCGGGAGAGGUCUAAGAGCAGACAAAGAUCGACUCCUGUCAGAACAAAGGUCAACCUGCUGAUGAGUGUGUCCACCCCCGUAGCUGGCGUUCUCUCGUCUACCCAGAACAAUCGUUGUCUCUCCGCCCCAGACUUGACAGCAGACAAGCGGGCAGGUCUCGGUGCUGCCACUUCGCUCUCCAUCCUCCCAAAGCCCGAACGGUCCAUCAGCCCGGAGAGCAACGACAGCAUCUCGGAAGAGCUCAACCACUUCAAGCCCAUCGUCUGCUCGCCGUGCACGCCUCCAAAGCGGCUGCCCGACGGCCGAGUCCUGAGCCCCCUCAUCAUCAAGUCAACUCCGCGGAACCUGACGAGGAGUCUACAGAAGCCGACCACCUACGAAGCGAGUCCCCGGAUUCUGAGAAAAUGGGAACAAAUACUUCAGGAGCGUCAGGUCAAAAAGACCCUCUCCAAAGCCACCCUGACAUCUUCGGCCCCGGAAACGGGGGAGGAUUUUCCCGAUCCUAACGUGAACAUCAUCAAAGAACUCCCGCACAUGUCCAAUGACUUUUUGGCCCCAAAGAGCAUCGUGCGCACACAUGCCGAGUCAGAUUGUUUUCCUUCCCCCUGCGGAGCAAAACUUGAAAGCUCCGACAGCAUCAAGAGAGACGCAGAGGCGGCGGAUGAUAGCCCUGCAGCCUCAACGGGCAGAACCGUCGAGGCCACCCACCACGCCAGAGUGUCUGAGGCCUCCUGUCAGAACUCCGCCUUGUUUCUGGCUGGCUCCGGUCUCAGUGCCGACGCAAAAAUGGGAACACGGAAAGCGAUUGGUGUCCACGCGGCCUUUCUGGAGAACGGUACGCUUGGGCCCUCCGUCAAGGCUGCAGGGAAGAAGCAGCUUAAAUACCUGAAUGGGAGCGAGCGGAGCAACUUGCCGAACGGCAUCUGCCCGGAGAGGGUCCGUGGCGAGGAGCCUGCCUCUUUGCGAUGGGGUCGGAAGAGGCAGUGCAAAACGAAGCACUUGGAGCACAGCUGCUCUGCCAAAAGACUGAGGCAGGGGGUGGCUGAGCCCCUCCGGAGAAGCCAGGCACAGCAGAAGCGGCAGCAGGAAGAGGAGGACCGGCGGCUGGCAUUGCAGCUCCAGUGGAAAUUCGACCGGGAGAACAGGAGGGUGGCCAGGCGGAAAGGGAGAACGGAUCACUAUUUUUUGCGCUCAAAGAGCACCGUGGGGGCCAAAUAGAGCACUUGCCAAAACAACAUUGCC